GAGCCAGAGUCAGAAUAGUUGAAAAUUCGUCAUUGGUUUUGCUUCCCAGAUUGGUUAGAGAUGAUCCAAUCACUGAUUACUAUGUUUUGUACAAUACUCAUCAUUUUGACAUUACCACAAAUGACUUCAACGAUGGCGGUCUCAGACUGAAGUAUGUAUCAAACAUAGAGAAGCUGAAGAAUUCAGUUUGAAUCAUCAGCCAACAUUUAGGCUACAUUGAGUGUAGAAUACAUGUUUUCAGAUGUAUGGAGACAGAUACUAUCAAAAAAGCCACCAAUAAUGCUGUGGCAAACUGUUUCUUAUUUAGAUGUACCAAAACGUAGGCAGGAUUGCAUUUCCUUAUUCUGUCGCCUUUCUCUCUCACGAGUGAUGUUGAUUGAGUAUCUGAUAAGCAGAACACAUGAAUACAUGAGAUGUGCUACUGAGAUGAGGUCCCUCUGGGAUAAUGAAUCCAAAUCUAUUUUUAUUGGUCACAUACACGUGUUUAGCAGAUGUUAUUGCGGGUGUAGCAAAAUGCUUGUGUUAAUAAAGACUACUCUACCUGUACACCACUUGUUAGCUUAGCCAAAUCCUAAAAGUAGGCUAGUUUUUGAACACCCUCAUCUGACUGAGAGUUUUGAGUGACAAGGUUUUGGGGGUGGUUUCCGGGUGUCUACUUGCUACCUUUCCUGUUUUACCUGUUCACAACGACAUAUUGUCCCAUUUUAUGUCACUGAAUGGGCCACUCCCAGGCUCCACGUCGACACACUGCCUGCACACCUGUGGCCAGCUUCUAUUGGUCUCACCUGUAGCUACCGCUUCUUCCUCCUUCACAGCAGAACUGAGCUGUGGGAUGCUCAUUGGUUGUACAUAGACAUUCUCUUCAGGAUCUGCAAUCUAGUGUUCUUUCAGUGGUCUGCUAUAUGGACAGACGUGAGCCUUAAAGAAGAACGUCCUUGUGAGCAGAGAUUCUAUCAUUAUUUUCAGUUUUUUACAGGCAACCUGGAUCUGAAUGAAGCUGAUCCCUCCCCCAUGCCUGUUUCUCCAGGCUACACCCAACUGGAGCAGAAUGAUCCGUCUAUGAACCCCCUGCGCAUCUCAGUCGGAGGACUUCCCAUGUUGGCCUCCAUGACCAACACCCCAGACCCCCGAUUCCGCCUCAAUUUGAAGGCCAUCGUAGCCCUGGUCCUGGCCAUUGCCCUGGUCCUCCUCUACAUGCACCUGAACCCGGCCUCCUACUCCGAGGUCCCCAGCUCCCGUAACUGGAAGUCUGGCCACACGGGGAUGGCGAUGGACGAGGUGGCCGACCGCUACAAUGACACUUACCCGCUCAGCACCCCUGAGCGGACGCCGCAGGGCACGCGCUACCGCAUCGGGGUCAUUGCCGACCUGGACACGGACUCGCGCAGCGACAAGAAGCUGACGUGGUUCAGCUACAUGCGCCGGGGCCACCUGCUGGUGUCGGAGAGUGGCACCAAGGUGGCCGUGGAAUGGGAUGCGGAGAGGGUCCUGCUGGAGAGCCACCUGGCGGAGAAGGGCCGGGGCAUGGAGCUGUCAGAGCUGGUGGUGUUCAACGGGAAGCUGUACAGCGUGGAUGACCGAACGGGCGUGGUCUACCACAUCGACGGCAGCAAGGCUGUGCCCUGGGUCAUCCUGCCUGAUGGGGACGGCUCCGUCUCCAAAGGGUUCAAAGCGGAGUGGCUAGCAGUAAAGGACGAACACUUGUACGUGGGUGGCCUGGGGAAAGAGUGGACAACCACCACGGGGGAGGUGGUCAACAACAACCCUGAGUGGGUAAAGGUGGUGGGCCAUCGGGGGGACGUGCAGCACCAGAACUGGGUCCCCAAGUACAACCUCCUGAGGUCCGCAGCUGGGAUCGAACCUCCAGGUUACCUGAUCCACGAGUCGGCCGCGUGGAGCGACAGCCUGCAGCGCUGGUUCUUCCUCCCACGCCGCGCUAGCAAAGAGCGCUACGACGAGACGGCCGACGAGCGUCGUGCUGCCAACCUCAUCCUCAGCUGCUCGCCGGACUUCAAGGACGUCACCGUGAACCGGGUGGGCCCGCAUAACCCCACACACGGCUUCUCCUCCUUCAAGUUUGUCCCCAACACGGACGAUCAGAUCAUCGUGGCUCUCAAGUCGGAGGAGGACGCUGGGAAAAUCGCCUCGUACAUAAUGGCAUUCACACUGGACGGCCAGAUCCUGUUACCUGAAACCAAGAUAGGAGACGUGAAGUAUGAGGGUCUGGAGUUCAUUUAGGAAACAAGGACAUAUAGUAGCUAUGUGGAACAUAGUUGUUGACAUUCCAUGCACUCAAAAGUUAACUUGCUGCUUGUUAAUUGACUGUGAAGACGACACGCAGCCCAAUCGAUCAAUCACGGAUCAGAAGCCAUUUUGGUGUGACCUGAGGUAAGCAUCAAACGGAAGAAAACAGACUUAAACAGGGAGGGGCUACCUGUCAUUUUUUCAUUUUAUGUUGCAAAACAUUUAAAAUAAUAAUUUAGUCGCAUUCCCUAAUGAACUCAACUCAAGGUUUCAGGGGCAAGACAUUCUGUUCAGUAAAUGGGAGCCGAGAGUAGCCUAGGCUACCUGAACAAAGUCCUCUAGUUGAGGAUGUCCUCUUGAUGGCCAUCCUCUUCCUAGGCCAACGGCUGUCUUCUAAAGUAAUGUAGACUGUCAGAAUGAAUGUACAAAUUAUCAAUUCAUCUUAAACUGUGAUUUAACUCAUAAAAUGCAGAUACUGUACAUCCAGGAACUAAUGGAUUUGUUGUAUUUUCCCCCCAAUGUAUAUCACAGUUUCGUCUUACUUUUUACUACAUAAAAUCAUAUACUUCAGGACACUAUACCCUACGUCAGGGAUCAUCAACUAGGUCAGCGGUGGGAGGAUUUUGUUCUUGAGCGGAUGGUCGGUGGGCCGGAACAUAAUUACAAAUCAUUUGUAGACUGGAAAUUGACCACAUGAAGCCCAAACAGAUAUAUUUGACUAAAACGUAAUCAUUUCAAACCGUGCUUACAUUUGUAUAUGAUCACGUGUCUCUCUAUUGUGCAGGGGAAUACCUGGGAACACAUUUCCACAAUGAAGAUCACUUGGAGAUGAUUUGCUGUGUUUUUAGUCUUUUAUGUCCAACAAUGAAAAUACAAAAAAUAUAAACCUGCUUUAUGUGACUCCAUUGACCUUUAUGAAAAUAUGUUUUUUCAUGGAAUAUAGAACAAGAGCAGAAUCUCACAUCAUCCUGUUUUGUUUUACUGGUGUUUGUUGAGUAAAAUCUAUCUUGAUACA